AUGGCGGCUUUGGAGACUGCGCUUGCGAGCCAAGUACAGCGCUAUCUGAACGUCUGUGUGUAUGACAAUGCACGUUUUCUAGCAGAGAGACUUGUUGCUCAUCGUCCGAGUGAAGAAAACACGCUGCUAUUGGCCACGUGCUACUAUCGAAAUGGUCAAACAGCUCGAGCAAUGGCUGUGCUUUGCGGUGCAACAAGGCCGGAGAAUCGCUACUUGCUCGCUUGCUGCUGUUUUCAGCAGGGCCGGUUGGUCGAGGCCGAGAACGCGCUGCUGGGAGGCGAAGAACACCAUAUUGACGAUGUGGAAGCGAUUACGAAUGUGCCAAAAGGAGCUGCUGGAUUGUAUCUACUGGGAAAGAUCUGCAGACGUGGAAACAGGAGGCGGCAAGCUGUCGCGUGCUUUGUGAAGAGUUUGGAGAUGGAUCCGUGCUUGUGGGUGGCGUACAAGCAACUUUGUGAACUCGGCGCUCACAUAGAGGCUUCUCAGUUCUUCGGUACGGCCAACUGUUUUAAUGAACCCUCUGCUGGAAGGGCGGAUGAUAAGUUUGAAUCCAGGCUGGAGUGCCAUGAUGAGGACUCAGAAUCUCGACAGCUUUUUGACGAGGAGGGAGGAUCUCAGAAGGAUGCUGAGGAUCGACCGACUGAUGCAAUGACGCUAGCAGCACCGAAACUGCGUCCACGUUUUCAUCUUUGUACGUCCCAAAGCACAGUGGCAUCGACGUUCCGCUCAAGUAGACCUUUGGCCCAUAAGACGCCAAAUAGGAUGAACAAUAUGCACACGACGGUGGUCAUAAAAGACGCGCACGUAGGAAAAGGUAUCAAGGUCUCCGCGCGACAGAGAAAAAGUCGCCGGCGUCCACUGACAGAAACGGACGACAAGCUCCGAGCUAGACUGUCAUUCUCGGCUGGCAAAUUGGAUGGCUCACCAUUGUUGCAGAAGUCAUCAAAGUCAGCGUUAGACCUUCCAGCGUCGUUGUUACCUGCCCAGCAUGUGCUCCGUGACAAAGCACCAGUAGCUGCUGACUUCCGUCAUAGUGGAGCUCAAGCUCCUUCGCAUCAAGAUGAUAGUCGGUUUGCGUUGCUACGGCUCCUUAACUCGUUUGGCUCUAUUUAUCACAAAAUGAGUGUGUACAUGUGUCAAGAAGCUCUGGAGAUGUUAGAGCAGCUUCCUCCUUCCCAGUAUGCGUCUGGUUGGGCACAACAGCAAAUCGGACGAGCCCAUUUCGAAAUGGCUGACUAUGUGCGAGCACAAGAUGUGUUUUGCGCCUUACACAGGGCGGAGCCGCAUCGAAUGGAAGGCCUCGACUUGUACUCGACGACUUUGUGGCAUCUUAAGAAAGACGUCGAGCUUUCUUACGUGGCACAGCAGGCGACCGAUUUUGACAAACUAUCGUGCGAGUCCUGGUGUGCUGCCGGUAAUUGUUUCAGCUUGCAGAAAGAACACGUUGUCGCCUUGACUUUCUUCCAGCGGGCUAUUCAGCUGGACCCGUCCUUCACAUACGCGUACACGCUCUCCGGUCACGAGUACGUUGCGAACGAAGAUUUUGAAAAGGCGGUGAACUGCUAUCGACACGCUAUUCGUACCGAUCCGCGCCACUACAACGCCUGGUAUGGUUUGGGCACGAUUUACUUUCGGCAAGAGAAGUUCGAGUUUGCCGAGUACCAUUUCAAGCGCGCGUUAGAGAUCAAUCCUCGAAGCUCACUGCUGCAUUGCUGUUUGGGUAUGGUCCUGCACGCUACGCACCGAUAUGAAGACGCAUUGGCUACGUUUGCCACCGCUGCCCAGCUCCAGCCGUUAAACCCUCAAGCCCGGUUUCAACGUGCGAAUGUGUUGAGCACUCUCCAGCGAUACGAGGAAGCUCUGGACGAGCUUCAAGUGCUGAAAGACUUUGCGCCGCGUGAACCUUCCGUGCACUUUAUGAUGGGCAAAGUAGCAAAAAAGCUUGGCCGUAUCGAGGAAGCAAUGAAGUAUUUCAUGUUGGCUUUGCAUUUCCAUCCCAAGGACAGCAACCAGAUCAAGGUCGCUAUUGACAAGAUCAACGAGCUGGACGACGAGGACGACGGCGAUCACGCGUAG